CUCCCUCUUCCUAUCUCUUUCUUUUUCCCCUACUCUCAGAUUUUUUAAUUCUUUCCACCACUUUACCCAAUAUCACCUAUUCCUAUCUCCGUCUCAUUCUAUUUUGCCCAUUCGUUCGUUCAGUCCUCCUAUCUAUCGGUCUUUCUUUCUUUCUUUCUCCCUCCACCCACUCACCCCCACCCAACCCCUUCUGAAUACCCCUUAACCAAGUCUUCAUAUAUCCUCGCUUUUCGUUUGACGCACUCCUGAUCGUUUAACGCGAACCAACGAACGUAUGAGUGCUCAACAAGUCGCCAAACAGAAGAGACUUUAGUCGACAGAGAGAAACUAUAGUAGUAGCGCAUUCAUUCUUUGCUUGAUAGUCCUUCAGUGCGCACGUAGGGCACACGCGGACUCCCACCUUUUGGGAGGAUUCAUCAUUGAACUGUCGCCUGUUUUAAAACGCGACUACUUUAUUAGAAAACACAACUAAUUGAUUGAUUCAAUUUGAUGUUUUCUUUGAAUAUUUCUUUUUUGAUUUUAAUCUAUCGUGAAUAAAUAAGAGAAGAAAGUGUGUGUGGGGGGAUACCUAACCACCACCAUUUACAUUACGCGAGAUUUGCGUGAAUAUUUUUGUCAUUGGGUUUACGUUUUUGUGGAUACGAGAGACAUGGACAACACGUUUAGAUGUUAACAACAAGAUUUUAAAUAGAAAAUCAAUUGUAAUCGAACAAUUGUUCACGUUUUUGUUAACACUGUAUUUUUCAUUUGAACUAUUAUAAAUAAUUGUCAAAUAUGUUGGUGGCACAUUUGACAAUAUUGCUAUCCAAAUGGAUGGGUAGCAACCUUAACGAACUAUUAUGCACUUCUGUCGUGUUUUUUGGUGUAUUAAUGCUUGUGAAGAUUAUUCAGUGGGUUAAGAUAAUGUUACGUUUACCACCUGGCCCAUGGGGUUUACCAUUCUUCGGUUAUCUAUUGUUCCUCAAGGAAGACACCUAUUUGCAGUACAUCGAAUUGGCUAAAAAAUACGGAAAUAUCUUCAGUUCGUAUUUGGGUAAACAACUGGUCGUUGUAAUCAGCGAUUUUCAAGUCAUACGUGAUAUGUUCCUUCAAAGGGAAUUCACCGGCAGACCUCAUACCGAAUUCAGCAGUAUUCUUGGUACUUAUGGUAUCAUCAAUGUCGAUGGUCAUUUAUGGAAAGAACAGAGAAAAUUUUUAUUGACCAUAUUUCGUAGUUUUGGUAAAACCGCUUCUCAUGGAAAGAAAGCCAUGGAAACUAGAAUUAAGCGAGAAGUUAAAGUUUUGAUCGAAACUUUGUUAACAACAAGAGGUGAACCAACAAACCCAUCCCAUUUGCUUGCGAUAUCAAUAAGCAACGUGAUUUGUUCUUUCAUAAUGAGCGUACGUUUUGAACCUGGUGAAAGAAGAUUCAAAAGAUUCAUGCACCUAAUUGGUGAAGGAUUUAAACUUUUUGGUACAAUUAUAAACGUCAACUAUUUCCCAGUGAUGCGUUAUCUGCCACAUUUGAGAGAAGCUCGCAAUAAAAUCAUGAAGAAUAUCGACGAGAUGGGUCUGUUCUUUCAAGAAACCAUCGAGGAACAUCGAAGGACAUUCGAUCCUACCAUAACUCGCGAUCUGAUUGAUUCAUACCUGUUGGAAAUUCACAAUGCUAAGAUGGAAGGACGUGAAGGUGAAUUGUUUCAAGGAAGAGAUCACAAUCGUCAAAUGCAACAGAUACUCGGUGAUUUGUUUUCUGCCGGCAUGGAAACGGUGAAGACUACGUUGGAAUGGGCAAUCAUUUUCAUGUUGCAUUAUCCUGAAGCUGCUAAAGCGGUUCGCGAAGAAUUGGACGUGGUCGUUGGCAGAUUUAGAAUGCCAAGUUUGGACGAUCAAGAAUAUUUGCCAAUUACUCAAGCAACAAUAUGGGAAAUUCUACGAAAAUCUAGCAUUGUCCCAUUGGGAACAACUCAUGCUACCACAAGGGACGUAAUAGUGAACGAUUAUUUGAUUCCUGCUGGUUCUCAAGUGGUACCCAACAUUUAUGCCGUACACAUGGAUCCAAAAUUAUGGGAUCAACCAGAAGAAUUUCGUCCAUCGCGUUUCCUCGAUUCCGAAGGAAAACCUCAAAAACCUAAACACUUUAUGCCAUUUGGUAUUGGUCAACGUGUAUGUCUUGGAGAAAAAUUGGCCAAUUAUGAGAUAUUUUUAUUUUUCACGUCACUUUUACACAUGUACGACUUCAGGUUACCGGAAGGUGAAUCGUUACCAAGUUUACGUUCGAAUAAUGGUGUUACAUUAACGCCUGAUCCUUACAAGGUUUGUUACAUACGAAGAAACUUUGAUGUCAUCGAUUUCAACGUUGCCAAUGAACAAAACGGACCACUCCGUAAUGUUGGUGCUGUGUAAAAAAAAAAGAAAAAAGAUGAACACGAUGAUAAAACAUGAAGAAGAGAAAAACACAUAUGAAUAAAUAUGAAAAAAAAAAAGAAGAAAAAAAAAAGAAACUAAGAGGAAGAAGAAGAAGUGCCUCGAGACGAUCACGGUUGUUGUUCCUAUCACUUUUAUCAGAGGAUAUGAACUUUCGUGCUCCUCGCCGAGCGUGUGCCGAAUCAGGAAAGAACAAAAACAAAAAAAAAACACAACACAAAAAAGAAGAUGAAAAAGAAGAUGCA